AUGAAAGAACCUGACAAACACAAUGCAGAGGAGGAAAACGAGACUCAGAUGAAUGGAAGUGCCACAGAUAUUCCCCAAGUCGAGGCUGAAGAGAAUGAAGGAGAAGGAGCAAAAGCGUUGGAUGAGAAAGAAAAGGUGAUCGUUGUUGGUGAAACAUUAGAUUCCGAGGGAACAAAAGAUCAAGAAGUAGCCAAGGAAGUGAAACAAGGGGCAGAAAAUGCAGCGCCUGAACAACAAAGCACUCAAGGGAAGAAGAAUUCUGCGGUUUCUAAUGAUGUAAUCGAGGAGACUGCAAGCAAACUUCGUGAACAGAGAAGAAACAAGGUGAGGGCACUAGCCGGGGCCUUUGAAACUGUCAUAUCCUUACAAGAGCCCAAGUGA